CUUGCUAGUACACCACUCUGGUAUGAUAGAGCUUACUACAGAAAGUUUAGGCAAACACCAUCAAAUACGUUGUAUCAUACGAGCAAACGAAUCAAUACAGGUGUUACGAAAUGAUGCCAAGGUUAAAAAUCACUUUUUACAACUAAAACACAGCUUUAGCACGAAUGUGGUCAAAACACUGCAAAACGACCUUUCUUGCCCUUCCUACAGCACCAGCGUUGCAAACAUCCCAAAGUAUUUGCCCCGCAUGCAUCCGCAAUCGGCCCAUAAUAUUUCCCGUGCGGCUCAGAUACCUUUUGAGUUAUUUCAGCGUAAUAAGAAGGACAUUCCCAAUUCAGUUCAUUGCCAAUAGGUGCAGUUUUUGAACACUGUUCUCCAAGACAAGCAUGGAAGCAAUCCACAAAUAAAUAAUUCGUUGGU